AUGAAACGAGAUGACAAGGAGCCCGGCUCCCAGCGGGGAGUCCCGCGUAUCUUUUCCUCCCCCUCUGUUCCGACAGCACGUCCCCGACAGAAAGCACAGGACCGUCCACAUUCUUUCAGGCUCAUCUGUCUAAAAACGUGUGCUCGGGAAGCCUCGGGAGCACGGCAGACACCCCCCCCCCCCCGCCCCCUUCCAGCCACCAGCGACUCAAGCCGAGGCACCGAAGCCUCCCGCCUAACCAGCCUUCUGGGACGCGGGGCGAUUUGGGCGCCGGAGCCCUUCCUCGAGUCUCGGGGAUCGCGUCCUGAGCCCGGCGCCUUCUCCUCUCGCCCAAACUCCGGGGGACACGCGCGGUCAGGAGCGGCGCCGAGCGCCCGGGCGCGGGGAAGGGGAACGAACCCGCACUGCAUUUUCCCUCCCUCGCCGCCCGGGCGAGAGACACCCCCGCGGGGACACAGCGGCCCCCACGCGUCCCGCCGCAAGCCGCGCUUCCUCCCCGCGGGGAGCUCCCGCGGUCCCCCUCGGCGCGCCGGCUCGGCCGCCGCCUCCCGCCCCCCGGCCCCUGCGCGCCGCCCCUCUCCCUCGCCGGCCUCCCCUCGGCCAGUCACUCCCGCGGCGGCGGCGACAUCCACCAACCCCCCGCCCCCAACACCCACGGCGGGCCUCAGGCCCCCCUCACCUCAGGGCCGAGCCGCAGCGCGGCCAGGCCGGGACGCGCUCCGCCUGUGGAGACCGCGCGGGUGA